AUGUCCAAUUGCUUUGGUAAAGAAUCAGGGGUGAAUUUACUCGAUUUUGUCCCCAAAUGUUUUGCUUCGAAAGAAGAGGAGAAUAUCGAAAUGAUCAUUUUGGAAAAUUUGAAACCCAAAUGUUUUGGGAAAUUUUGCAAAAAGCACGCUUUUGCGCUAGCUUUGAGGCACAAACAACGUGAAAUUUUCGAAAAACUUGUCGAAAAUAAUGUGAAUGUGUUUCCAUAUCACAUUUUGAGGAAUGGGAUUGAUGACACGAUUUUGAAUUUCUUGGAAGAGGCCAAAAAUUCUGAUGUUGGGCCCAAUUGUGACGAAAUAAAACACUUUYACUUAACCAAAGACAAGYUUAAAGACAUUUUUGCUYAUUUAUUCGAARAAGAGCCCGAUUUUCACGUCAUUUUACAUGGCGAUUGUUGGACUAACAAUUUUUUAUUCAAACUUGAGGAAAACACAAAUAAACCGAAACAUUGUUGUUUUAUCGACUGGCAAUGUUCGGCUUUAGCUUCCCCCAUCWUGGAUUUAUCAUUUUUUGUUUACACUUGUGUGGACACCAAAAUUCACGAAAAAAUCGAAGAAUUGCUUCAGAUUUAUUACAAGGUUUUGAGUCAAACGUUACAAGAAUUUCAUUGUAAUUCGAGCGAAAUUUUCACGUUUGAAGAAUUGAAACAACACUGGAAGAAAUUUUCAGUCUAUGGUCUUCUCUUGGGGACUUUUAUUUUGAAAUUUUCGUUGUGCGAUGCUGAGGAAGCGCCAGAUUUUACGGAAAUUGCAGAUCAAGGAAAAAAGUUUCUCGAAGGUCUCAAUUUUAGUAUCAGAAAUGAAGAAAAUUAUUUCACAAGAGUGAAACACAAUAUAAAUCACAUUUUGCUCCUUUAA